AUGAACAUCGGCAAGAGGUUCGACCGCAUGAAGCAAUGGACGGACGAGAGAAUGGGCAAGGAGAUCAAGACUGCUGCGUCCGACGAGUUCAAAGCUCUUGAGCUUGAGAUGCAACUGAGACACGAAGGUAUGGAGCGUCUGCAAAGAAGUAUGACGACCUACGUCAAGUCUCUGUCCAAGACCAAGGAGGCAGAAGACAAGGAGAAGACGUUGCCCAUCGCCUACCUCGGAUCCACCAUGGCCAGCCAUGGAGACGACUUUGAGCCAGACUCGGAGUUCGGACAAUGCCUCUCGACCCUUGGUAGAGCCAACGAGAGGAUUGCCCGCAUGCAGGAGAGCUACGUUUCGAAUGCCACAAACAGCUGGCUCGAGUCGGUUGAGAGAUCUCUGGCCCAGAUGAAGGAAUACCAGACUGCUCGCAAGAGACUCGAAACCCGCCGCCUCGCCUACGACACCUCGAUGAACAAACUGCAAAAGGCAAAGAAGGACGAUUUCGCUCUGGAGGAGUCUGCGCGCUCGCAAAAGGCAAAAUACGACGAGUCGAGCGACGACGUACAACGCAGGAUGCUGGAUAUCAAGGAAGCCGAAGUCGACAGCAUCAACGACUUGUCCACCUUCCUGGAUGCCGAGUUGGCAUACUACGACAGAGCACGAGAGAUUCUCAUGCAGUGCAAGAGAGAUUGGNNCCCCGCCUCUGGUAAUGCUGGUGCCGGUCUGGCUGUUCCAGGAGGCCGUAGAGUGCCUAGAUCUCGCUCUAACACUGGAAACUCGGCCUCUUUCCGUCAAAUUGAUGAAGAUGAGCCAGUCCACGAUUUCCGCCCUCCGAUCCGCGCAAGAGCACCUUCCGGGACCAAUUCGCCUCGCCGUGAACUACCAGGCUUCGAUCUCCCUACCAGACCUUCUGGCCGUUUCGAGGGUCCGUCAAGUCUCAACUCUCGCGAUGCUUCUCCUGUUUCCAUGCCCCGUCUGUCCCGUGUACCCACCGAUUCGUCCUUGUCCCUUAGGCAGGGACUGAGACCCACCAAGAGAAACGAUAGUGCGAACUCGGACGUAUUUGGUGAUCAGGACGACUAUGCCUUGGACAACGAUCGCUACGCCGACGAACGCGCUGCUUCUCCUGCCUCUUACAACGCUGCUCCUAGUUUCUCGCGCUCUGCUAGCUGGUCUCAGCAAGACGCUGGAGCAAAGAAAUUGGCUCCUCCGCCACCACCUUCGAGAGCCAAGAAGCCUCCACCACCACCCCCGAUGAAGCGCAGCGCUUUGAGUUCCUCCGACGUUCCGCGACAGUACUAG